UUUCCCGAAGUGUUUUUCUUUGGGGCAGGGUUUUUUUUUGUUGUUGAAAAUUUUAUUUAUUAAUAUUAUUUCUUUGACUAGCUGGUAAAUGUUGGUGGUACGAAAUUUAAAAGGAUAACCAGCAACAGAUUCUGAGUGUUUUCUGAUUAUUUCUUUUAUAACUGCUUGGUUCAUGGCUGCAAUAUCUUACUUCUCUGGAGCUAUUGAUGAUACUUUUGUUUUUUAAAGAUUGUUUUCCUCCCUGCCUCACAUCCAUUUCCUCACUUCCUCCUCCCCCUGUCCCCCACCCCCAUCUGUUUUGGUCUCUGUCAGACGUGUAAGAGCCUUUUCUUGAUGUCUUGGUAGUCCAGUUGUUUGCUGACUCUAAACAACGGAAAGCCAGAAUUCUAACUGGAAGCUCUCAGCAUGUGGGAGGGAGGGUCUUGCCAUCUUGGAGCCUGUGUAAGGGAUCUGGCAUUUGCUGGUGAACAGUUUUCCCCCAGCUCUUGUUAUUUUAGCCUUGCUGCCUUCACUCCCAGGCCAGUGGUUCCUGGGGCCGCUAGGGCCUGAGCCUCUAGAGGAUUUAUUGGUGUAACUUGGGUUGUUGCUCAGUUUGUCUACUGUUGGGUGAGGAUUCAGUUUUCUUGGAUCUGCUCAGUUAUUACUUUUUCAUCUGCUUUUCAGUUAGCAAAUUAUAUUGCUAUUGUCCCCUUGUUGUGUUGUCCAUCCUAGUGGGUGUUUCGUUUGGAGAUUUUUUCAUGGGAGGAGGGGGUCUUAAAUUCAAAAGGAGGAAGCAAAAUUCAGUGUACUUGUUGAACCUGCCAUCUUACUCCAGAACUCCUUGAAACAUUUUCUGAAUUUCCUUGCCCCUUUCUGGCAGAACCGAGCUCCUUUACAAGCCCGAUGGAAUAUAGUUCUCAGCUUUAAAGCAUUGCCCAUCUUGAUCAUUGACACAUUCACAGACAUAGUUCUCAGUAUUUGACUAUUUCCAGAAAUCAAAUACAUCUUCCUAAGUGGAUAUUUACCACGUUCAAGAUUUUGCAAAAAGAAGCACCGUUGGUUGUUUCUGACACACUGACUGAGAAGUAAUGGGUCCCGUGGGACAGCAGGCUCCUGUGACGUUUGACGACAUCACGGUGUACUUGCUUCAGGAGGAGUGGGUGCUGCUGAGUCAGCAACAGAAGGACAUCUGUGGUUCUGACAAGAUGGUGGCACCCCUGGGACCAAGUAUUGCCAGCCCAGAGCUGUUAUAUAAAUUUGAGCGAGGGCCAGAGCCAUGGCUUGCCAGUGUCCAAGGCCAGAGGAGUCACUUGAGCCCCAACCCAGGGAAAAACAAGAUGGGCUUCAUGGAGGAAAUGGACAUGCAGUGCCCAUCCAGAGAAGCUGGGCUAUACCUGCCUCCUCAGAAGGAAGCCUGUCUGUCCCACUUCAGCUCAGAGAGAGACAGCGUCCAGGGACACUGUGCAGGAAGAAGCAGCAAACCCUCCAAGCCCCGAUCCAUCCAGAAGUCGUGGUUUGCGCAGUUCCCGUGGCUGGUCAUGAAUGAGGAGCGUACGGCUCUCUUUUGCUCUGCUUGCCGGGAAUACCCAUCUGUCAGGGACAAGCGGUCAAGAUUAAUAGAAGGUUAUACUGGACCAUUCAAGGUGGAGACUCUCAAAUACCACGCCAAGAGCAAGGCCCAUGUGUUCUGUGUCAAGGCCUUGGCUGCACGGGACCCCCGCUGGGCAGCCCAUUUCCGGAGCACCCAGGAGGUGUCUGGUGAUGUACUGGCCAGCCAGGGGCCCUUCUUCCCUGCAGAUUAUUCCAUAUUUUACCCCCCAGGGCCUCUGGAGGCCUGUGAUAAUGUGGCCCAGCUCCUGCCCAGCUCAACAGCCGCCCUGGGGGACCCUGGAGGGAAUGGAGCAAUUCCUGCAUUGUACCUGGACCGCAUCCCUGAUUUCAGGCAAACAGAAAUCGUUGAUGACGUCCGCAGCUCCUCAGAUGAUAACAUUUUAUGUAAUGACUCUGCCGAACCCUGUGGCCAGGAUCCUUCUGAGGAGGGGCUGUUGGAGGCGCUCCCGGUGGUGUUUGAGGAUGUGGCAGUGUAUUUCACCCGGGAGGAGUGGGGUGCGCUAGACAAGCGGCAGAAGGAGAUGUACAGAGACGUGAUGCGGAUGAACUAUGAGCUGUUGGCGUCCCUGGGGCCUGCUGCUGCCAAACCAGACCUAAUCUCAAAACUGGAGCGGAGAGCUGCACCCUGGAUCAAGGACCCACACGGGCCAAAGUGGGGGAAAGGCCGUCCUCCAGGGAAAAAGAAGACAGUGGCCGUUAGAGACGCGCACACACAGGCCUCGGCUGUAGAGUCCACGUGGCUUCCAGUUCCUUCUGUGGAAACAUGUACCUCCUACUGCAGGCCCCACCUUUGUGGAGUGGAGGCAGAUGGACAGGCGAAAAUCAAGAGGACUUACAGGCCCCGCUCCAUUCAGAGGUCGUGGUUUGGGCAGUUCCCGUGGUUAGUGAUCGACCCCAAAGAGACCAAGCUCUUCUGCUCAGCUUGCAAAGAAAGGCCUAGUCUCCACGACAGAUCAUCCCGGCUGGUCCGCGGCUACACAGGCCCUUUCAAAGUGGAGACUUUAAAGUACCACGAAGUCAGCAAAGCACACAAGCUCUGUGUCAACACCAUGGAAGUCAGGGAGGAUGCCCCGCAGGCCGCCCUGGUCCCCGAGAUCUCCAGUGACCUGAUGGCCAACAUGGAGCACUUUUUCCACGCCGCCUACUCAAUCGCGUACCACUCGAGGCCCCUGAACGACUUUGAGAAGAUCCUGCAGCUCCUCCAGAGCACGGGGACCAUGCUUCUGGGUAAGUACCGAAACCGUACCGCCUGCACUCAGUUCAUCAAGUACAUUUCUGAGACUCUGAAGAGGGAGAUCCUGGAGGACGUGCGCAACUCCCCAUGCGUCAGCGUGCUGCUGGACAGUGUCACGGACGCCUCCGACCAGUCGUGCGUGGGCAUCUACCUCCGGUACCUGAAGGGGACGGAGACGAAGGAGUCCUACCUCACGCUGGCCCCCCUCCACAGCGAGACGGCGGACGGGUACUUUGAGACCAUCAUCUCGGCCCUGGACGAGCUGGACAUCCCCUUCCGGAAGCUGGGCUGGGUGGUGGGCCUGGGGACCGACGGCUCCGCCCCGCUGCGCUGUGGGGGAGGCCUGGUGGAGAAGCUGCAGGAGAUCCUGCCCCGGCUGCUGCCGGUGCACUGUGUGGCCCACCGGCUCCCACUGGCCGUGGUCGACGCCUGCGGGGCCAUCGACCUGGUCAAGAAGUGUGACCGGCACAUCCGAACCGUCUUCAAGUUCUACCAGUCCUCGAACAAGAGGCUGAACGAGCUGCAGGAAGGCGCGGCUCCCCUGGAGCAGGAAAUGGUCCGCCUGAAGGACCUGAAUGCGGUCAGGUGGGUGACCAGUGAGAGCCGCACGCUGAGGGCACUCACCCUGAGCUGGCCCGCCCUGGCCAGGCACCUCCAGAGCGUGGCGGACGCGGGGGGGCAGGUUGGGCACAGGGCCCAGGGCGUGCUGAAGCUGAUGCAAGGCUUCCAUUUCCUCAAGUUCUGCCACUUCCUCUUGGACUUCCUGAGCAUCUACCGGCCUCUGUCUGAGGUGUGCCAGAAGGAGAUGGUGCUGAUCACCGAGGUGAACGCCACGCUGGGGCGGGCCUAUGUGGCACUGGAGACCCUCCGCCACCGGGCAGGCCCCAAAGAGGAAGAGUUCAAUGCCCGCUUCAGGGAUGGGCGGCUCCAUGGCAUCGUGCUGGACAGGCCUGAGACGGCAGAACAGCGGUUCCAGGCAGACAGGGAGAGAGUGGUCCUGACGGGGAUCGAAUACCUCCAGCGGAGGUUCGAUGCCGACCGUGCCCCGCAGCUCAGGAGCAUGGAGGUGUUUGACACCAAGGCCUGGCCGAGUGGGGUGGCCCUGGCCAGUUUUGGGAAUGACGACAUCCUAGCCCUGGCCAGGUAUUUUGAGCUCUCACUGCCCCCAGGAUACAGAGAGGAGGCGCUGCUGGAGGAGUGGCUGGGCCUGAAGGCCAUGGCCCAGAACCUGCCGUUCUCCAUGCUGUGUAAGCACGCACUGGUCCAGCACCGCCGCUUCCCCCUGCUCAGCCGGCUCGUGGCCCUGGUGGUCUGCGUGCCCGUCUCCACCUCCUGCUGUGAGCGUGGAUUCAGUGCUAUGAACCGGAUCAGGACUGAUGAGAGGACCAAGCUCUCCAACGAGGUGAUCAACAUGCUCAUGAUGACGGCCGUGAACGGUGUGGCGGUCACAGAGUACGACCCCCAGCCCGCCAUCCAGCACUGGUACCUGACCUCCUCAGGCCGGCGGUUUAGCCACGUCUACACCUGUGCCCCAGUGCCGCCCCGCUCCCACACAAGGGCGGGACUCAGGAAGAAGACUGGCACGUUCUGCACGGAGGAGCCCGCCGCCCAGAAGCUGCCCAGCCCAUCUUGCAGGGACCCGGUGGAUGUCCUGGAGCCUCCUGAGAGGCUCCUGUGUCCCCUCCCUGGCCAGGAGGCCCCAGGCUGUCCUGCCAAAGCGCUCCUGUAGGAGCAGGAAUCCAAGGGGUUCAUUCCUUGGAGCCCCCUUACUGCCCUGGCCCUGUGAUCAUGGUGACAGGCCCUGGGAUUCGAGGCUGCUGAGUCUUCGUUGGGUGGGACUCUAAGCACUGGGAGGCGGGCAGCGACAAGGCAGUUAAAGCCACACCCCCAUGGAGGCAGGGGGUCUGGAAGCCACGGCCUGUUUCCUGGGGCCCUUCUCUGGGCCCAGGGGACCUCCCAGCACUUAAAUAUGUAGACACGUUCUAUCUCAAGCUCACGUUCAAGGUGCUUCAGCAUGUAAUCCCAUCAUGAAAUCCCCAGCUUCUGGUGACAAGAGGACUUUUCUGAAGUGGGAAUGACAGCUGGGGGAAGGGGCUUGAAGGAGCACUCCUGCCCCUGGGUAGUUGGGGAGCAUCCAGGGGCCGCGCACAGUGAGCGGGCAGGGAGGCACGAGGUGAGGGCAGAGGGUGAGCAGGACUGGGGCCGGCCUGGCUCCGGGCUGUGUCUCCCUCACUGCACGGCAGAAGCAGGGAGGCCUCGACCUCACACAGGAGACUCCCCUCAGAGGCUGUCUCUGCCUCGUCGCGGGGCCUGCCUCUAGGAUGCAGCAAGAGAACCCCUGCACCCUGAGCAGCCAACAGCUCCUGGACGGGAGGAGUGGCUCCCUGGAGGGGCCCAGCGCUUCCCACCAGUCCAGCCCCUAGGUCAUACCGAGCCCUAGAUUUCUGCGGAGCAGAGCGCCCCCCAGGAACUUCGUGGGCUCACUCAAGCCUGAGAAGACCACUCCGGCGGCACAGAGGGUGUCUCACACGAUUCGGUUCCCCUUGCCUCUUGUCGUCUCCCCUUCCACCCAGAAGUAGGGCAUGUUUCCUUCCAGGGCAGCUGCCCUUGGGAGGCCUAGGCUGCUUGUCUAGCCAAGGAUGAUGUGGUGUCUGCCUCCUGCCUUCCUUCCCACAGGUGGGAAACCAGGGGAGCUUGUAGGGAAGGCUUCUGUCUUUCUCUGGCUUUAGAUGGUCAGGAAGUAGUGCUCCAUCCUGGCUUGCUGCCGGGCCCCAGGUGGGGUUCCUGCUCUGUGCUUCAGGCCCAAGCAGUCUGACCCUUGAGCAGACCCUGGAAGGGUGCUGAGAGCAGCUGAUGGUACCGAGUGCCUCGUGGGCAGAACCAAUGUUCCUGACUCUGCCUUACCGCCAUCACUUUCCUGUUUCUUUCAGCUUUGAGCCAAGAAUUCUGUUCUCACUUCCUGCCUUUUAACCUGUGGCACUGUCUCCCUUCCAGCACUGUGUCCUGGGGGCUGAGGUGUACUGUGGGCCCUUGGAACUCUGGCCAUGUUACUGUCCAUGCAGCCAAGAUGGAGCCCAGACCUCCCGCCCCAUUCACAUGGGCCUCUCCAGGGAGUUGAGGAGUCUGCCCUCGGCCAGUUGCCGAGGGUAUGAAUUGGUGGGAUGGAAGAGAGAAGGGCCCUUUCAAGUGGGGGUUUUAUAGCUCCCACCUGACCCGUCGGGAUUCCCACUGAGUGACGUUCCAGCAGCAUCCUCUCCGUGGCAGCUUUCAUCCUUUAAGACUCCUCAGAGCAAGAGAUUAGUCCUGCGAGCACCACUGCACAAACUCCAUGUGAGGCGGAGGCCCGCCCGAGACACCCCCUGCCCCUCCACACCUGUGCUCUGAGAAAGCCUCCAGUGCCAGCUGUGAGAAACUUGGGCCCCUUGAGCAGGGGGCUACUGAAAAUGCUGUUUAUCAUGGGGGUUUACACUGCCCGGUUCCUCAAGGAGCACAGCCGUGCUCUGGCUCCCCUCUUGGUAGCUCAUGGAAGAGCGGACGCUGACCAUUUUGUGCAGGACCGCGGGGCCGAAGCAUGGUGAGACUCCCCCUUGCCCAGGCUGACCUCUGCGUUUGUUUCAAGAGUCUGGCAGCUUUAGGCCCCAGGGCCUGGAGACCCCGCUGUUGGAGAGCUUGCUGACUUUUGCCUGGAGAAAACAAGCUGAAGGGCGCUGGGACUGGAAGGAGCGAGCUCUCUGUCUUUGGCCAGAGUCCUACCCCUGCCUCCACCCUCGUUCCCCACCUGUGGUCUCCAUCGCGAUGCCCAAAGGGCUGACAAGCUCAGUGACCAGCAGUGUAACCGACAACGUGAGUUCAAUAGCCAUAGAGACCAGGCAGGAGGCGGGGAUCCCGCCCCCGCCCUAGCCAGACAGGGAGGAGGUCUACUCCUCCAGACCUUUUGCUUCCCUCAAACCCAGGUUCAGUUCCUAGGGUGCUAAGUACCUAAGGACCCGGUGAUGAUGGGCCUGUUCCCUCCAUCCAGGAGUCUGUCUGCUGAGGUCCACUUCUCUGGUUUCAAACAUGUACAUAAUACGGUUUAAGAAAACCAUGUUCGAUUCUCAACCUUUUGCUAUCUGAAUAAAGCAGAGCUUUUCCGCA